ACAGUGACGUGCAUUUCGCCGAGCGUUAUCUCGCUCAAGACUUACAAGUAAGAGUACCGGGGACAACUUUGGAGAUGUCAUCAUCAGUGUCGCGUGAAUUGCAGUAAUUAAAAAUAUUCUUGUCAAAGUUAAGCUUUCUUUGUGUCAAAAAAUAUUUUAGAAAAAAAAAGACAGGGAAAAAUAUUUUCUAAGCCUUUAAAGCGGCAUAUUUCACUGUUGAAGAUCGGUGUGUAACCAUGGAGUUUUCAAAUGUAAUCAGCGAAAAGGAGAAGGAAGCUCAAGCUCAGUUUGGCAGUUCCGGGGUGACCUUGACCCCCACUAUAAAACAACCUGCAGAAGUCAAAAUGUCAAAAGCGCGAAUUAUAAAGAACCUAUUGGUAGUCAGUUUCGGAUUUUUGUGUCUUUUCACAUCUUUUAACUCACUGGCUAACCUCCAGAGUAGUUUGAACAAAGACGAUGGUCUGGGUGUAGGAGGGCUUUCUGUCAUCUACGGAGCCCUUGUUGUAAGUUGCAUGUUCACGCCACCGUUUAUCAUCGGCAGACUUGGUUGCAAGUGGACAGUGUUUGGUUCCAUGCUUUGCUAUAUUCUUUAUAUGGGAGCAAAUUUUUAUGCCAUAUGGGGCACUAUCGUGCCAUCAGCCAUAAUUCUUGGUUUCGGCGCCGCGCCACUUUGGUCGGCUAAGUGCACGUACCUCACGGAAACCGCCACGUGGUACGCUCAACAGACUGGUGCAACUGUUGACGACAUCAUCAAUAGAUUCUUCGGUGUUUUCUUUAUGCUUUUCCAGUCUGGUCAGAUAUGGGGCAACUUAAUAUCGUCACUAGUGUUCCAUGAGGCCGAUAAAGGAAACAUCACUUCGGAAGACCUUAAACAAUGUGGAGCUAACUUUUGUCCAUCGUCGGACGAGAACAACACUAACCUUGACAAACCACCUAUCGAGAAGGUGUAUAAAGUAUGUGGUAUUUACAUCGGUUGUGCUGUUCUUGCCGUCAUUGUGAUAGCUGUAGGCUUGGACCCGAUCACUCUAGACAGGGAAGACGGAAGACAACGACAGUUCUCGUUCAAACUAGUAUUGGGGACGGCCAAACAUCUAUGGAGGUCAAACUACCAGAAGCUUCUCGUGAUUCUUACCAUGUACAGCGGCAUCGAGCAAGCGUUUGUCACCGGGGACUAUACAAAAUCUUUUGUAGCCUGUGCAUUAGGUAUAGAGGACAUAGGCUUUGUGAUGAUAUGUUACGGUGUUGUUGAUGCCCUUUGUUCUUUCUCAUUUGGAAGACUAGUGCAAUUUGUUGGGCAUACACCAUUCUUCAUAUUAGCGUUUUUGCUUCACGGUGGACUUCAGAUAACGUUUCUUCUUUGGACACCGGACAACGAGAAGGUCUAUCUGUUCUAUAUUUUUGCUGCAUUAUGGGGCAUGGGAGAUGCAGUUAUACAAACGCAGAUAAACGCACUGUACGGGAUGUUGUGGACGAAGGACUCUGAGGCGGCGUUUGCAAAUUACCGGCUUUGGGAAUCUCUCGGAUUUAUCAUUGCAUUUGCUUGUCAAAACUUUCUGUGCACCGAUGUCAAAAUAUACAUUUGCAUUGGCUUUUUGUGCGUCGGCAUGUUGCUGUAUGGCGUCGUUGAAAUCGCCAAUAGGCGUCAUGAUCCUAAUAAUCCAAAACUUAAUACAAAACUGUAACUUGUACUUCUAUAUUUGAAUAAUGUUUGUGUUAAAGUACAUAUAACAGCUUAGAGCCACAGCCAAACGCGCUAUUUAUAUCAACAAUGAGCAAAAAGUCUAUGUGGAGAUAAACCUUAGUUAGUUUAAAUGUUUUUUUGUGUAGACAAAAAUGCAUGUUCUGCUCAAUAUGUACUUGAUUCCUUCAUUUAUCUGACCUUAGUAAUGACAUACAUGUAGAUGAUAUUGAAUAAAUUCGGGUUCAAAACUAAAUUUAUUGAGCGGGUUGGAUAAAAACAUAUUAUGAGAGCCUCUGUCAAGUUCAAUAAAUUCAGUAUUGAAUCUACACAAAUAUAAUGUUCUAUUUAUCACAUACCCAGAAUAAGAACUGUUUACAGUGACAAAGAAUGACUUUUUCAUUGACGCGCAUACAAUAUCGCUAACAUUUAGCGCAUCUUUAAGCGCAAAUGAUGUCACGUAAAAUAUAUGCACGGCCGUGCAUUGCCGUUUUUUUUUACGGAGUUGCAAAAGCAGCACGGGUGUGUGAUAAAAUUAGAUAGACAAUAAACAGCACUUGCCAAAUUAAACGUGUUGUUGUGAAAGAACAACAUUUAAAUGAAAAUAAAAUCACCAAUUAUGUCUAGCUUAAACAUUAAAGGACAACCACCGGCCGUUGACGUGCUGCCUCCAGGCUUAUGCAUCUAAGAGGACGAAACGCAAUUGUUAUUACAUGUAUGAGGUCAGAUUAUUUUGCUGAGUUUUUUUUUUUGUUUUUGUUUUUUUUUAAAUGAGUAAUUUUUUGUCACGAUAUUCAAUGUCAGACAUAUCAAAUGUUUAGUCAAGACAUAGCUCUUUAAAUUAUAGAUAAAGUGGGCGUAAGCUCAAUAUUUUACAUAUAUGUGUGUUAUAUUGCGAAAGGAAAUGAUCAUCACAUUAUACAUUGUUAUUAUAUUGGUAUUGUUCACGCCUACUGAAACAUGUAUCAAUGAAGAUGCAGUUGGUUUGCUAUUUUUGUAUUAUUUUGCAACAUUUACUAAAAAAUGCAUUAGACAGUU